AUGUCUCAACAUCUUACUCAAGAUUUUGAAUUAUCUCACGAGGAUCGUGUCAUUAAAGGGAAGGCUGAUGGUCAGGAUGAAGGCCUUCCCAAUUUUGAACGACCUUCAGUGGUUCAGAAGCAGUGGUUGUUUGGUGAAGUUGAAGUUGGUGUAUUGAAUUCUAGCUACAAGAUGCAUGUAUCAGGUAUUUCUCUCCAUAAAAUUCCACUUGGUGCUACGUCUGUUCUAGCUACUGGUGGAGAUGUAAGAAAUCUUUAUGACACUCUAAUGUCUUCUGGUGAAGAUUCCUAG